UUUUGCACUAAUCGUUGUCGAAAUUUGUGUGACACCUUUUCUCUUCUUCUAUGAAAAAUUGUUGUGGUCAAUAUUUGCUUAACGAUGGCAGGUUGUAUGAGCUGGACAGCCAUGACCGAUCACUGGUUUUUGAUGUAAUUUUUGUUUUCCACUUGAGAACAAGUGGGUCUGUACAUUGCAAAGGGGAGGUAGAAGAAGUGUUUUUGGGUUUAGUUCAUUUAAAUGUUCAGACGAGUAGUUAUACGAAGUGCUAGAUUGUCUGUGUUGUCGACAGGUUUUGGUUUUAGUUUUAAGUAAAUACGUGUUUUAAAGUAGAUUGCGAAUAGUGCCGGAUUCCGGUUAAAGGCGCAACUCUGGAGAGAACCUAUUGAUGAAGAUAUAUCGAUUGGUUGCGAACUAAGGCAGCUGAUGUUCAGUGCUUCUGCUCAAUUUUAGACUGAUGUUCACGACAGAUCUAUUAAAUAUGCGCUCUUAUAUUAAUAUGCGAUGUAAGUGCUAAUUGUAAGUAGCAAUCGUAUUUUUAGCGCGCGCGAGUGUCGGGUGGCAGGAUGCUAUCGAUCUCCUAUAGGAGAGGAUGCUGGGAUUGCUGGGGCCUAGCCACGUGUCUAUGUCCCUCUGUUCUUGUAGAAUCCUUCAGUUGUCCCUUAUUUUCUACCACUAUUGAUUUGUAAUGGGAUAACGAAGCUGCCCCCAUGUUGAAGAUUCCCGCACGUUUUAAACAAUGUGACCUCAGUGUUUCCCUUGCGUUUGAUUAUUGUGACUGCAUUGUCAACAUGGGUACUCGUGCUGCUGCAUUUACAGCCAAAAUACGCAGCUUAUAUGACUACCAACUGCGGCUUAUGCAGGGGGUUAUGCCUCCUCCUUCGGGGGUUGACAUAGCAAACACUAUCAAAUACUUCACACAAACACUCCUAACCGUUCUCAAAGAUGUACCCAAUUCACCUCUAGAUCUUUUGAAAAAUCCAGAAAUGGAUUCAGUACGCAUGGGACUUUUUCCGAGCUUAGACUACAAAGGGCUUUACAAUUCACUCGUUCCUUUAAUCGAAGUUGCGCCACUCAUCCAAUACGGACUCAAUUCUUUCGGACAAGCCACCCUUCAAUGCCUCGGAUGUCUUCUACCCUUUUUAGAGCACGACCUGAUUGAUAAUUUGCCUUAUUUAACCGCAUCCUCGAUAGCAGUCCUUCCUAGCAGCCUCCACCAAGACAUUGUCAACUCGCUAUGUUUCUACAUCCUUCCGUUUACGAUAACACGACACAACGACCGAGAGCAAGAAAUCUGUCAGUCAGUAUCGGCCGUAAUCAUGAUGGUGUUCCAGUAUUCAACAAACCCCGCUCAUCACUGUCAACUCCUCGAAUGUCUGAUGACACUCAAGAAGAACAUUCUGAAGGACAUUCUGAGCGUGAUCGCCUACGGUACGUCAACAGCACGAUCCUCAGCAGCCAAGCUUUUAUUUUAUUACUGGCCUACGUUCAACGCGAAUUUAUUUGACCGGAAAAACCUCAUUUGCAAGUUCGCAGGUAAACCCGAAAAAAUGUCACAAAGUCGUUGCAGAAAUGUCGUUUGCGCAGAUCCUACACCUUUCGUUUGCAAACGAGACAUGUGUCCAAACGCCGGAAACGCUGAAGCCGCCAAAGUGUGUUACGAUCAUUGUAUUUCAAUCACUUUCGCUAGUGAUACUCCGCCGCCCCUUUACUUGUGUAUUGAGUGCGCUAACGAGAUCCACAGGGAGCACCCCAAUCAAAUGUUUUUCGAUAUUCUACACCCGAUGCAACAAGUGUCUAUGGUUUGCGAAAAUAAAAAUUGUCGAUCGACUGAUAAGUCGGCAAUUUCGAUCUGUUUUUCGACCGAGUGCGCGAGUUACAACGGCAAUCACCCGAUUAGAUAUUGCGAGCAGUGUCACAACAAUCGACACAACAACAGAAGGGGAGGAGAUCACAUCGUCCACAAAAGCUUGCCACCGACUUGGAGCAUGGAUGCAGAAAUGCAGACCUACAUGGUGGAAGCUAUUGUGAGUUUGCUGAAAGAAGCAAAAAUCCCCACGGUUGAGACAAAGGAGAACGUGGAGGGUAAAGCUCCGAUCCCUGCUGUUGACAAUAUAACAGUAGAGGAGCGACAGCUUUUAGGUAGAUACGGUGUUUGGUUGUUGGUGGGGAGAUGUACCCCAACAGACAAUACACCAAAUGAAGUAUUAGGGCGGCUUUUAGCAAUGCUUUUCCAUUGGUUUCAUAUGACUGCAUAUUCAUAUGAUGGUAAAGCAACUUACUUUCAAAGUCUGUGUAACUAUUAUCUUGCGUUUUGUACAGGCCAGGAAGAAAGUACCUUAGAGAAAUUAAAGACUGAAAAUGUGUGUGGUUGGCUGAGAGAAAUCAGCAAAACCCACUAUAAACUUUUUAUUUCAUGUCUUUUACCCCAUCCUCCUGAAUACGCCCGAAUCGGAGGCCACUGGGAUACUUUAGCUUCACGCACUUCUCAUUUAAAAGAUGGUCUUAACCGCCUGUUUUGCCUAGUACCAUACGAGGUAAUAACGCAAGAAAUUUGGGACUAUGUGAUGCCGCACUGGAUGGAAGCCAUAGUCAACGACGUACCCGAAAAAGAACUCUCGGAGCUGCGCAUCAUCCUGAGCAAGAUCCUCGACACCGAAAUGAGUCCUUUGGGAUUUGACGCCAAGAAGAUGUACCAAUUCGUCGCUGGGAGGUUCCAAAAAACCAACGCAAAGGUCCAAGAGCAAGCCCUCCACUGGCUCCAAACCUUGACCAUGCUGGAAAUCAUCAUUCCGCUGCACCUCCUUUUCACGAUAUUCGGUGACGGUGUCACCUACAUGAAAGGAGGGGGCGACGAAACUGCCGAAAAAGCAAUCCAAUAUCACGACGCGGAUUCAACCGAGGGACCAAAACGCAACUCAAUUUCACCUGUAAUCGAAGACUGCGAUUCAGUCAAGACAUCAUUUUCAGAUGACGAAAACCGGUUUUCUCAACGACCCGAAUUCGAAUCAGACGCUGAGCAUAAUCUUUUUUGUUGCAUACUUAUGUUGGACAUUUUACUCAAACAAAUGGAGCUUCAAGACAUCGACAAACACACCGGUCUUAAUUCCUCGCUGUGCAAAGACGUUUGCUGGCUUUUGAAAUGCAUGAUCACCGCGGCUUGGAUUGGAAGCCACUCGUGUUCGUCAAAAUCGGAGUGCAGCUACUGCGAGAGUAGCAUUAUGUGGCACCAACUCUCCCUUCAACUCAUCAAGUACCUCUCUCCCAUCUACCCAGCGCAUCCACCAGAUCCACCACUCGAAGAAAACUGGGACGAGCACAGCCGGAAAAGCCCCCCCGAGAGCGAUAAGAAAGAAUCAAAAUCAGACGUAGUCCUCAACAUGCCCAUUCCUGAAGUGCAUUCUGUAGGAGGAGUUCUAGUUCAUAUGCCACACGUGUGUUCUAUAAUGACCGCAACGGUGGAGACCGUCUCCGAGCAGCUAGACCUAGCUGCGAUCAUCCCGGCUGAAAAAGUAGUUUCCGCAGUGGCCCGAGCCAUCACACUCUCCGAAACGGACGUCGCUGCGGCCACCGUCCAAGUAGCCAAGCCCCAAAUCAUUGGCGAGAACGACGAACCCGUCGAACCGGAGCCUGGAGACGAUUUGAACAAUUUCUGGCAAACAUCAGUCGGCAAGUUUAAGUUUUGCGUCGAUGAUCUACCGCAACCCUUGCAGUACAUACACCAACUGCUGCAAGAACUAUCCAAAGUUGAUAAACCGGAUAUUUUGUAUUACAUGCUGCAGUGUCUCAAUAUUCUUAUUUUGCACGGAGACGCCUGCACUAAAGCUUCGAAGGAGCACAGAGGGUUUUUUAUUUGGUGCCAAGAGAAUCUUCUCAUUAAAAAUUUGUGGGAAUUGUGCAAUUCGGAACAUUCUCAUAUCUGCCAGGAAGUUGUUCCUUUGUUGCUUCAUUGUAUCACACUGCCGGCAGGCUCAGACGUCUUCUGGCGAGUGAUUCAAGAAGCCUUCCAUAGCAACGACUGGUGUGUCAGAUUCACAGCCGUUGAAAGAGUCACAGUUAUGGCCAGGUUUAUGGAUUCUAGUCCCUUACGAAAUAUUUUACCCUUACAAGCGGCUUUAGCAAACGCUUUCUGUUAUUUAAUUUCAAGUAUGGACGACAGUAACAUUUAUGUGGCCCAAAGAGCUACUCUAUAUCUUGGCACUAUUCAUGAUUUCGCAGUCAAGUCUUUAAUUAUGUGUCUAGAGACCCAGUUCGAUACAGUCAUUGUUGACAGACCAAUGGUCCUCCAGUCUCUAUACCAACUACACAACUCGCUCAGUGAGCGAAAAAUUUUGACUUGGGAAUUUUUUCUGAACCGUUUCGAUACCUUAUUUCUCGAAGCCCAAAUCACGUUAGAAAAAACCGGUGAUAUCACAUGCCUACGAGAUUUGCGCAACACUGACCUAAACAGUGAAACCUUUUUGCGCAAAUUGCACCGAGCUCACGAGGCUCUGUCCCAGUCAGACGGUAGCGGUGCAAGUUCGGUUAAAACACUAAGUGCCAGUUUCGGCACCAAAUGGCCUUAUAAGCGCACCAUGUCGGCCCCAGCGUCAAUUAUACCUCGACAUGAGAACAAAGUAAUUACAGAAACUAAAGAAAAAGUAUACAGCCGGCAAUAUUCCGCACCGAUACUAAAGAGGAAAAGUUCGCGAUUUGGAAUCGGUCAGUUUUUAGGCACUAGUAACAGCAUUCCAGAUGGGCACAUGCACUCGCUCAAUAUGGCCGAUGAUCAAAAUAUCAUGAAUUUUUUGCAAAGAGUUAUUGAUUUGGAGGAAGCUGACAAGGAGACGAUGCAUUUGCUUGUUUUCCUCCUUUUGCAAUUUCUGUCGCGCUCGGACCAAGCGUAUCCAGCAGAAGAGAAAAAUUUAGCAAAGAUACAAGGAAUUGUGUUGAGGCAUCUUUAUCUACUCCUCGGGUACAGUCAGAAUGACCGUGGGCUGUAUCUGCCGCCUCACAGACUAAGAUCUUCGCCGGCAUUUAGCGUUUUCCUAUCAAACCUACCGCAACUGUUGGACCAAAACAAUCUAAUGGGGCGAUUACUCCUCCCAACCUGUCUCAUCAUCCUCCAAUACGCACCCUCCCCUUAUUACAUCUCGAACACUUUGGAUUUUCAACAACCGACUUACAGUUUGUGGACUCUGGAGCCUCAUUUUAGACGAAACUGGUUAAUGGCACUUGUCGUACUCUUGUAUAAAUAUCAAUACAACCAACAACCACACUGUAUGCAAUUAACUUCCUUGAUAAGGAUAGUUCUAAACACGUUAGAUGCGCAACACCACCACUGUCGCAGAAUCCCAGCUACGAUUAUCAUGGGGGCUCCCCCAUCCCGGUCACGUGACGUAAGUCAACCAUCUUUAGGUACGGAAAAUGAACAUGCCGAACGCACAACACCCCCACUUUCGCCAAUGUUUUCCUCCGACGGUCAGUCAGUCCAAGUGUCGAUUAGUUCAAAGGGCGGCAAAGCCCAAGUUGUCUAUGCCAAGCCUUCAUCCACCACCAGCAUGGAGACGCACUGGGAGGAAGCAAUCCAAUGCAUCCAACCGGAGAAGAUCUGGGACAAGAACACGAAAAAACUAACCGAUUUUAGUGCAGACGCCGACGAUACGGAAUCCGAACUGAUCGCAAUCCCCGAAAGCGACAUGUCAGACAGCACCCUCCACGGAAGCAUGCAAGAUUCAUUUGACGAAGGUAUGGAAGAAAGUUGCUGUAAUUUGCAAGGCAAACAAGUGUGUACCUUGAUAAAAACCCAAGAAACUUUAGAUACCGCCGUUAUCAAAUCACCAAAAGAAGGCUACAUCAGCCAGUUAGUUCGCACUUCAAGCAAUAAACGACCAACCUGGAUCAUUGGAAGUGAAGACGACUCGGUCAAAACCUACGACAAUAAGAAACUAGAAGGGCCCAAAUCACCAUGUGAAUAUACGAAAAACUGUGCCAAGAUGAACUCCACCACUUCGCUAAACCUAAUCAAUGGGUCCCAAUUUUCCAAAAACGAUUUUCACAAAGUUGCCAACGUUGACACCCAUGCCAGGCCAACACCUUUGGGGAAGCACAAAAAGGUCAUAGAACCGAGUAUCACGCCGGUGUGCACCCCCGUCUCGGACUGUGAUGACUGCUUCAAAAACAACCAAGCGAUGAUCCCAGCACCCUCUCUGGAACGCCUGCUCCCAAUCGGAGCCAUGCGGCCCUCAGAAAGCGUUUCAGAAUCAUCUCGCGAUAACGUCUUCUCGCCAACCCUGGAAUCCCAGCUGGAGAUUCCGAGCCAGGAGCGCCUCCUCCCCAUCGGCCAACACACCAAAGACAUCUCCCAGCUAGUAGACAAAGUCCGGCAAGCGCUUGGCAUCAACGCACAAUUAAGCAAACCCGAGAACAAAAAACCCGACAAAAUUUACAACGCGAAGGAGGAACCGGUCCAGUCUCACAGCCCCCGCCGCCUAAUCAAGCAAGUGGCCUUAGAAAGUCCCCCCAAUCAGGGCGAUAUCGACGACAACGGCCACUUUUUCAAAACAAUCAAAGCUGAUAAUCAACGCGAGACGAUGGUCAACCAGAGACAGCGUAUGCGCAAAAUGGGCCCUUUCACCAUGGGUUCGUACUCGAUUCACGACCCGCGGCGCCCCGGCGCCUGGUUCAGCCCCCAGCUAUCGCCAAAGCUCGAGGGGAGCGACAUGAAGCAAAGCUCGUUCCGCAUUGGCGACGAAUGCGUGAACGAGAGGUGUUCCGAGUGCGGAACCGUCAAAGAAGAGUACAGCGACGAGGAAAUCGGGCUCUGUAUUGUGACUCUAGGGACGUUCAUCCACCGGGAACCGGCCCUCGCGGCCCCCUUGCUGCCAGACAUCCUGAGCAUUGUGGCAAAGGUGGCGACCAACGUGAUGUAUCCCUGGCAAACCGAGAGUAACAUACACCUGCCAGGAGGGGCCAUCAGUGUGGCCCACCAAUUUUUGCGAUGUGUCUUGCACCAGCUGGCCCCCAACGGCAUUUUCACCCAAAUGUUUCAAACCAACGCCAGCGAAACCGUACGAGUCCAAUUUUUUAAAAGUGUGAUCCAGGCGUUGAUCGAUUUCAAUGAGCUGAACCCUGUAGCGCCAUUACAAUUAUUACUGGAGACUCUCAAUUCGAAAAAAACACUACCGGUUGAGACACUACCAACGAUUUUGCAAAACAUGGCUUGUUAUUUAAACUGUCUGCCGGUGGAAGCAGCUUUGGGCCCCAGUACGCCACUGUGGAGUACCGUUUUACAACAACUCGAAAGUCUCUACAGACGAAUGCUAUUUUUGCUGAACACGUUUGACGACAUUAUGCCGCUUCUGAAAAUUAUGAUCUCGGUUUUUAAAAUACCACUAAUUUCGCAGUUUAAGGGCAUAUUGGAACCAUUUUCGAAGGUACUGAGCUAUGCGAUACAAACCAACGUUUUAAAGUACAGUUGUUUGGUUGAAAUCUGUUAUUUGUGCAAUCGGGCGUUCACAAAAGAGAGGGAUAAGUUAAUUCUAAGCCGCAUGGUUGUGUUCGAGCUAGUCCAAGCAUUGAAAUUCAAGACCACAAUUCCCGAUUCAAAUUUACUAAUGCUGAUUAAUUUGAUUUUACAAGAUGUUGGCGGUUCGAUUCCCGCAAAUGUCGUAAUCAAAGACGGUCCGUUACUGUCAAUGGAGUACGGCCCUGCUGUGACGACCGGCAUAUCAGAAUGUAUGAAGCUGCAUCUUGGGGACAUUUUAGAAUUUUUAACCGAUUUCCACACAAUCUCAAAAAUGAAAAGCUACUGUAAAGGGAUCAAUGUAGGCCUAAACGACGACACUUUGGGGGGAAUUAUCAAAUGUAGUGUCGCCCAGUACUUAGCGCUUGAAAUAACGAAAGGUAACGGCCGGGAUAAUAGAGCAGUGAUCAGGUAUUUCCCGUGGCUUUACAACACUUCAGUUAUACAACAGUCUCCGAGAGAAUUUAUCGAAUGUAUCGGCCACAUCCGGCUGCUAUCAUGGCUACUUUUAGGGUCUUUAACUUACACGGCUUUACACGGAAAUCUAGGUCAGAAUGUUAGUCAGCCGAUACCGCAAGAAGCCUCUUGCCAGAUCGCAGACCACAUUCAGACGAUAAUGGCGGGAUUUGCUGAACAGCCUAAGACAUCCGUCCUACACAUGUCUUCCCUGUUUCACACGUUCAUUUUAUGCCAACUCUGGACUAUCUACUUAGAGCAAAGCCUAAACACUAAUAUGCCUACAACGGAGGCCUACAACGUGACCAUGAACAUUUUGUUCGAAUUUUGGGGCAAGGUAACACCAUGCAUCCUCCAGCUGGUCCAACAAUCAAAAAUGUUGAGCGAGAUUGUAAGUCUUCACUUCUUAAGCAUGCUAGAAGCGUUGCUAGAAUGUCACUCAACUUUCGUGUCAAAAUUAUUACCCUUAUGGACACCGGUGCUCUGUUCGAAUCAAAUCCAGCUCCCUGGGCAUCUACAAGUGCGGUUGCAAAACUGUCGGAACUGUCCACCCACAAUACACACAGAAACUUUACCCGAUAAAAUUAAAAUCAAUUUACAUAAUCCGAUUCUACUGAAGUGGUUACAAAGAUUACAAUUCAAAAUGGGCCAAAUUGAACUGCAAUCAUCAACAGCGACGCAAUUUUACUCACUGUAAUCUAACAUAAGUAGGGAAUUGUUAAAACAGUUGAUAAAUUUAUUUAAACAUGUCAAACAUUUAUACAUGACUUAUUGUUGUAAUAAAUAUGAUUAACAAAA